AUGUCACUCACCGGAAGCUACUACUAUGGCAACUACUAUGGCCUUGGUGGCUUCGGUGGCCUGGGCUAUGGCUAUGGUUCCAGCUAUGGUCUUGGGGGAUAUGGUGGUUAUAGAUAUGGCUACUUCCGCCCCUCUUUCUAUGGAGGAUAUUUGUCCUCUGGAUUUUACUGA